GUGCAUGCCUUUGUAUUGUAUUUCACUGAACAAUUGUCGUUUAUUUCUCUUUUUGUACUAUUUUCUGUUCUUCUUCCAUGGCCAAAGCUAAAGCUCCGAGGAGACCUCUAGAGUCUUGCACAAUCAAACACAUCAAUAAAACAAUUAACGCUGGGGAUUGCGUGUUGAUGCGACCAGCGGAUCAGUCAAACCCUCAAUACGUGGCGAGAAUCGAGCGGAUCGAUGCGGACGCACGUGGAGGAAACGUUAAGGUGCUCGCAAGGUGGUACUACAGGCCGGAGGAGUCGAUCGGAGGGCGGAGACAGUUCCAUGGAUCUAAAGAGCUUUUCUUGUCUGAUCAUUACGAUGUGCAAAGCGCUGAUACUAUCGAAGGGAAGUGCACAGUCCAUAGCUUCAAGAGCUAUACGAAGCUCGAUUCCGUCGGAAACGAUGACUUCUUCUGUCGUUUCGAAUAUAAUUCCUCCACCGGUGCUUUCAAUCCCGAUCGCGUCGCCGUUUAUUGCAAAUGUGAAAUGCCUUACAAUCCUGAUGACCUAAUGGUUCAGUGUGAAGAUUGCAGUGACUGGUUUCAUCCUGCUUGUAUAGAAAUGACAGCAGAGGAGGCUAAAAUACUUGACCACUUCUUUUGUGAAACUUGUUCAUCUUCUGGUCAGAAAAAGUUGCAGAAUUCCCAUGCUGCUUCCAGACCCUCGGAUACAAAGGUGGAUGCAAAACGACGCCGGAGGUGACAAAAAGGUACAUAAAAGGUAGCAUUUUAGUCAAGAUACCCAACUCGACUCGUUUUCUCACUGUUAACCAUGGAGUAGGCUUGGAGCAAACACAGACACUAAUAUACGUGCCAUCCAAAUCUAUAAGCCUUGUAAGUUCAUAAUCCUUGAGUUGACAGUAACUGGUUUGAAAACUUGAGUCCUGUUUAUAUUGUUUGAAGGGCCAGUCAGUGGAAGUUAACAAUGUUGUGUAUGUAUGUAUGUAUGUAUGUAUGUAUGUAUGUAUGUAUGUAUGUAUGUAUGUAUGUAUGUAUGUAUGUAUGCAUGCAUGCACGUAUUUUCGAGACGUAGGGUUUCCUUUCUUUCUUCUGGUUUAUGUAUUAGGGUUGUGGAUAACCAAAACCUGUUUUUUAACUUAUAAAGGGACGCAUUAGAUA